AGAAAGGUACGUGGGGACUUGAUUGUUUCUUUAUCUUUGACAGUCUGGUUUGCUGGAACGAAGGUGGUGGAUUUGUGAUGAGUUUUCUGCGUUUGAAGUAGAAUUUAGGACAAAAUAAAUUAUUUUCUUGUGUAAUUCGCGUGAAUAUACAUUAGAAAAUGGAUGAUGUUUUAGAAGAGGUUGUUUCUUCUGAAGAUUUAAAGAAAUUUGAACUUAUAUACCAUGAACAAUUGCUUUCAUCGCUAUUAACACAAAAAGCGCAAUUUGAGUAUGCAUGGUGUCUCGUUAGAAGUAAAUAUCCUGCUGAUAUUCGGAAAGGAAUUAUUUUGAUGGAAGAUCUUUACAACAAACAGUCAGAUAUCGAAAGACGAGAUUGUCUUUAUUAUUUAGCCAUUGGAAAUGCUAGAAUAAAGGAAUACACAAAGGCUUUAUCAUAUGUUAGAGCAUUUCUUAAAGUUGAACCUGGAAAUAAACAAGUGCAGCAUCUGGAGACACUGAUCAAGAAAAAAAUGGAAAAAGAGGGCCUCUACGGUAUGGCCAUUGCAGGAGGGGUUAUUAUUGGUGUUGCAAGUAUUCUUGGCCUUGGUCUCGCAAUGAGCAAAAAGUAACUGUGUAUUAUAAAAUUUUCUGUGUACUCAUUUUUUUAAAGAAAAGAGGCAAUUUCCUAGUAAUAUAUUACGUUAAUUUAUGAAAAAUGCAUUCCGAGUGUUUUAUGUUUGGCUGUUUGACUGCUUAGUGUAUAGUUGUAACCAAAAAUAUAUAUUAAAUAUGUAUAUUAAUGUAAAUUAUAUAUUAAUAUAUAUAUUUAUCUACUUAUUUAAUAAAUGUUUGCUUAUACUAUAAUAAUUUCAGUAUAUAUAUCGUUUGUACAUACAGAUGAAAGCAUUGUACGACUCUAUCUACAUGUAUUGAUACCAAAAUUUUUAUGGAAAUAAAUGUGUUAUAUCUGAUUGAUA